UCUCAGGAAGCCUGGACUGGGGGGUCCUGAGGAUUGUGGGGAGGGGUCUUAAGGAGAGCAUGGGGUGGAAUGCUGGGCUCUGGAGAGGGGCACAGCCCGGGGGUCCAGACCCUGCGGUGCAGCACCGUCCCACAUCCCCAUCCCACAGGACCCCGCAGGCGAUGGUGGAGCCCCCCAACUUCUCGUGGGUGGCAGAGGGGAGGCUGGCGGGGCUGGCCAUGCCACGAGAGCCGGGCCAUUACCGUUUCCUGCUGGGCCGGGGCGUGAAGCAUCUGGUGUCACUGUCUGAAAGGGCCCCCCCGCAUCACGGCUGCUGCCCCGCGCUGCAGCUCCACCGAUUCCGUGUGCCUGACUUCACCCCGCCAACACCCGGACAGAUCCAGAGCUUCCUGCAGCUGGUGGAGGAGGCCAACGGUCGCGGGGAGGCGGUGGCUGUGCACUGCAUGCUGGGACAUGGCCGGACGGGCACCAUGCUGGCCUGCUACCUGGUGAAGACACAGAAGAUGAGCGGCAGCGACGCCAUCCGGGAGAUCCGCAGGCUGCGGCCGGGCUCCAUCGAGACACGGGAGCAGGAGCAAGCUGUCAUGGAGUUCCACCGGCGCUUCAGUGCUGGAGAGGACAGCAGGGAGGUGUGACUCGUUUGUCUUGUCGCCAUUAAAGGGCUUCAUGCUGCUCCUCUCCGCUUCUGUCUGGGGAACCAAAGGGCCACCAGAGACCCCCGCCUCCACCACAUCCCACCUUCGCUCCACGUUGACCCGCUGCCAUCCCCAACCCCAAGCUCUUCAACCUUCAUCACUGCUUGGAACCCAACAGUGGCACCCCAAAAUUGGGGAUCCUGUGUCACAAGGCUUCUGAGACUCUGCCAUCCCCAGAGCUGGUCAACAGCCAACGCAGUGACGCAACGUGGAGGGUGACAGCAGCUCCCCAGGGCCGUCCCGGGACGUGGAUGCUUAAAGGGAAGCUUAGAUGGAAUUUAGGCAUCUCCGUUCCAAAAGUCCAAUCCUGAAAAUCUCUUCUCAGCUGUUCCUAACCUUGGUGGCAUUUAAAUCCUAAGUGCAAGAAGCGUCACCGUCUCCCUU